AUGAACCCAAGAAAUCAUGUAGCUAGGGUAAAAACGGGUGUGGCAAACCAAAAAAGAAAACUCACUCGCUUCUCUGGUUCUACUCUCGAACCCUGCUCUGAACCAGUUGUUCUCUAUCCCUCCGAGGUUAACCCAAUGGCCAAGAGGGCUCCCAUGAUUCUCAAUCGCUUUUCUGGCUCAACAUUAGAGCCCUGCGCUGGUCCAAUUGUGAUGAAUUCAAAGUUAUCCUUACACAGCCAGUCACUGCUACAAGUACCACGAUCAACCACAAUAAAACCAUCAUCAACCAAAUCAAAAUCAUCCCCACCAAACAUCGAAUUCUCAUCAGAGGCUGCCCUAUCUGUCCGAAUCAUCCCCACUAGACCCACAAAGCCAUUAAGACGCAACGCCAAGCCCAGCUCGAUCCACAUUCCAAACCUUAGCCAGAUUGCAAGCAUGAACGCAGCAGACCGGCUAUUGGACGAAGGACAUGCCUCUGGCGGCGGGUGGUCUGAUGAUGAGGCCGGCGAACCAUGGUUGAUGUGGGACGAAAAGACGCAGACGAUCUACCGCCCCGAGAAGCGUCAUGCCUUUUGGGACACUCCCCCACCUCGUCGUCCAUCUGCCUACUGUGCCUACUCUCCCACGCCUUCCUUUUCUUCAGCCAGUAGCACGAGCAGCACUGAUUAA